ACACACACGGUGGAGAAGGUCCGGAGAGCAGAUACUUGUUUUGAAGGAAGUCAAGAUGAAAAUCCUGACGUCGCUCAUGUUUAUCCUUCUGCUAAUGCAUCAAAGCUUUUCACUCUCCACACCGCAGUGUCACAUGUGUGAACAAACAUCAUGUAACUGCUCAGGACAAAACCUGCAGAAAGUCCCCGCAGCCCCCUCAAAGCUCAUCACUGAACUCGACAUCUCUUUUAACAGACUGACGACGAUACUAAAAGAUGAUUUUCUUGCUUAUGCCAGUUUAAGGUCUUUGAUCAUGACUAGCAACAACAUCAAAACAAUCCAGGAACAAGCAUUUGACCCGCUGAUAAAUCUGGAGAAACUGGACCUGUCUUUAAAUCAACUGGAUACGUUGUCUGCUGGAUGGUUUAAGAACCUUUCUACCCUUCGGUACUUGAAUCUUUUGGGAAACAAAUACGUAACAUUGGGUCAAGGCAAUCUGUUCCAACCACUGAAGAAAUUAAAGACCCUACAUUUUGGAGGACCUCAGCUUCAGUCUGUCAGGAAAAAUGACUUUUCAGGUCUUAGUGGUCUUGAAGAGCUGUUUUUUGAUGGGAAAAAUCUACUGCAGUAUGCAAUAGGAGGUUUGAGAGAAAUUGGGCCUAUUAGCCAUGUGACACUUGGUUUGAAUGGUCCUUUUAUGACAAAUCUAAAGCUUGUAAUUGAUGUAGUAUCUGAUGUCGUACACCCAAACACAACACUGACUUUCACUGACACAUGGCUCCUUUUAGAGUAUCAAAUCUCCCCAUUUAAAGUAGCCUACAACCGUGGAACUACAGGUCUUAUUUUUAAAAAUGUUACCAUGACAGUUGCAGCUUGUAUAGCACUUCUAAAUUUGCUACCAGACUCUAAUAUAACUAUGUUGGCACUUGAAGAUACAACAUUUUUUUUAACAUCUCUGAGUCACUUUACAUCAAUUCCAGACAAGUACCGUUUGGAGGUUGUUGUCAUAAAAAACGUGGAAGUCCCUCAGUUCUACAAUUUUCCAGCCAUCACUUUCUUGGAGCCACUACUGAAAGUGGUGCGAAGGGUGUCACUGCUAAACUCCAAGUUGUUCGCCAUUCCCUGUGAAUCCUCAGCUGAUUUCUCACAGCUGGAGUAUUUGGAUAUCAGUGACAACAUUUUCAGUGAUCUCACGCUGAGAGAAAUGAUGUGUGACGGCAAAGGUGUCCUUUGGAGUCUGCAAACCAUCAAUAUCAGCAGAAAUGACCUACGGUUAAUCAACAGCCAGCUCUUCACCAAACUAGAAAAUCUAAAAAACAUUGACAUGAGUGGAAAUGUGUUUCACAGAAUACCUGAGACUUGUAAGUGGCCGCCAAAUCUUAGAUUCUUAAACCUUUCAUCAACACAUUUAACAAAGGUGACCUCUUGCCUGCCAGAAAGUUUACACAUCCUUGACCUAUCAGACAAUAAAUUAAGCGUGUUCAACAUCAAGCUACCCUUUCUCACAGAGUUAUACAUCUCCGGCAACAAGAUUGGUAGUUUGCCUGAUAGUAGUUUAUACCCUCGUCUUGAAUCCAUCUCCAUUCAAAACAACGACUUGCAGACAUUCAGCGGUAAUAAUCUAAAUGACUAUAAAAAUCUGAAGAGGCUGGAGGCUGCUGCUAACACGUACGUCUGUUCAUGUGAAUUUGUAGCGUUCAUGACAAGUGACUUGGUGAAACAUCGAGUCAGAAUUAGAGACGAGUUCACAUUGUACAUCUGUGACUCCCCUGAUGCUGUGAGAGGAAAGAGUGUGGCAGACGUGAGGUUAUCAGUGUUUGAGUGCCACAGGGCGUUAUCUUUUUCUUUACUCUGCUCAGGCAUCCUGGUAAUGUUUCUGCUCUUCUUACAUUUGUGUCACAAGUACAGUGUUGUGUGGUAUAUAAAGAUGACUUUGGCCUAUCUGAAAGCUAAGAGAAAGCCAAAGUUAAAAAGGGGAGAGCUUGAGUAUGACGCCUUUGUGUCCUACAGUGAGAUGGACUCUGGUUGGGUGGAAGCCCAUCUGGUUCCUGAGCUCGAGCAGUGCGAGCCCCCUUUCCGACUCUGCCUUCACAAAAGAGACUUUGUACCUGGGGGAUGGAUUAUAGACAACAUCAUGGACGCCAUUGAGAAGAGUCACAAAACACUCUUCAUCCUUUCUCAGCAUUUUGUCAGGAGUGAAUGGUGCAAGUACGAGCUGGACUACACCCAUUUCAGAUUGUUUGACCAAAACGACGACACAGUUGUUCUGAUUCUGUUGGAGCCCAUUGACAAAAACACCAUCCCAGAAAAGUUCUGUAAGCUGCGGAGAGUCAUGAACUCCAGGACGUACUUGGAGUGGCCUGAUGAUGACAACCAGGUUGCCAGGUUCUGGCAGAGUUUGAGAACAGCUAUUAAAAGACCUGUGACUGAUAAUGAUGGAGUCAAUAUAUUCUAUCAAGCUGGUAAUGUGGUGUUUUGAAUUGUAGUGUUAUAUUCAGGGGACAUGCUCUUUUUUCCCCAUUCACAGCAGCUACAUGCACUAUGUGAA